UUCCCAAAACUUCAACAUGAAUUCAAAUUCAUCGCACAUUACAAUUCACAAGAAUAUAUAUCCGUAAAUUUUAGUACCCGUCUCACACACACACACACACACCGCCGCUUUGCCGUGAGCGUACAGAAAUAAUCUUUUUACAGUACAAGAGUACUAGUUUUUUUAGCAGGUGGGGCAUAAAAUGGGUGAAAACGGUUUUGGGCAAGAGCUGGUGAGUGUGAAAGAAGAGUUAUUCAUGUAUUCCGACGACGAGGAGGCGAAGCCGAUGGAGGGGCUGAGAGAAAUCGGGCCGCCGGCGUUCCUGAAGAAGACGUAUGAGAUGGUCGACGACGCUCGCACCGACUCCAUCAUUUCAUGGAGCCUCACCAGAGACAGCUUCAUCGUCUGGGAUCCUCACAAAUUCUCCGCCGAUUUGCUUCCCAAACAUUUCAAGCACAACAAUUUCUCCAGCUUCGUCCGCCAGCUCAAUACAUAUCGCUUCAGAAAGGUUGAUCCAGACAGGUGGGAGUUUCGGAGCGAAGGGUUUGAGCAGGGGAAGAGGCAUCUGUUGAAGCAUAUGACAAGGAGGAAGAAUAAGUCCAUUCCGCAAAAGGAAGCUCGUGAUUCGACUGAUCACGGAGUUGAAUCGGUGGAUGCGGAGCUGGAGAAGCUGAGAAGCGACUACGAUGGAUUCAGAGCCGAAAUCGCGAAGCUCAAGCACCAGAACGAGAGCUCGAUGCAGGAUCUGGCCGCGGAGAGGGAGCGUCUGCGUGUGAGCGAGACGAAGCAAAGGCACAUGGUGGUUUUCAUGAUCAAGUCCUUGAGGAAUCCGAUGUCUUUGCAGUGCUUGAUUGAGAGAGUGGGGAUGGUGAACAAGAGGAGGAGAGUGGAGCAUCGUUGCGUUGAUGUUGAGGAGCUUGGUGGUGGUGAGGCUGCGAGGAGUCUCGAUCAGGUUUAUCAGGAGAUGAUGAUCGGAUCGGAGGUGCAGGAGCAGCCCUACUAUUCGGAUGAGUCGGGAACCAGCACCACCGCAUCUGAGAAUGAGUUCUUGUGGGAGAAAUUGAUGGAGGAUGAUGUGAUCUAUGAGGAUGAGGGAGACAAUGCAGUGACUAGGAAGCAUUCGGAUAUAGUUUCGGAGUUGGAGGACCUCAUUGCUGAGCCUCCGGCCAACGGCAUGGUUGGUUCUUGUGAAUCUGAUUGAUGCACAGCUAUGAUAGAGGUAUAAUCUUAAUCUCAAUGUUUAUAAGAAGACUUUGCAAUGUUUGCUAGGAUUUGGAUGCUCAUCUUUUUGUAGAUACACAAUCAUAUCUUGUUUUAUUUUCCAGUAAGUGCAGUGACUGUUGAUCUUUUCUUGAAUGCUUUGAA